AUGGCUGCGGACUGGUCGUGGGCGCGCCGGGCGUGGGAGAAGUGGACCCAAAAGCACGUCGGCUCUUCCGGUACGGUCUUCCCUCCCUCUCACUUCGCUACUCCUUCUGGUCUAAUCCCCAAUCCUCUUGCAGGGAUGCCGGUGAAGGCGGCGCUGCUGCUCAACUACGACCCGACCGGACCAUCUCGCCUCCUCCCCAUCAUAGCAGAGCAAGAGGGGGCGAGAUUUACUGCUGUUGAUCUGCAGCCAUUUACGGACUUCUUUAGAAGGAAUAAUCUGCAGACGGAAUUCUUCUCUAUUGGGCCAAACCAAUAUUUAGUCACCUCAAUCCAUGAGCACUGGUUUUGUGCGCGUUGCGUUACCACAACAAAACACGAAGGUGAAGGAAUUUUGGUUAUGCAGAUCGGAGCUUACUUAUUAGUCUCUAUGUAUGAUGGUUCACUUGGUUCGGCUUCACAGGCAAUGGUGGCUGUUGAUCAAUUUGCAUGGCACUUUAACCGGAGAACACAUUAACUGCCAACUUAUAUUAGCUUGAGGUUUAACAUGAACCUACUACAACUUGUUGUUUGGAAUCAUGGUCUUAGAACGUAGUGUCUGACCUGAUACAUUGGUAUCAGUAGGUUUUUAGUGUCAUAACUAAGAUUCACCUAAAUGUAACUGAAUGUAACAGUAUUUCAUGGCCCUAUGAGAUAUUUUCUCCCAGUUUCAUGUAUGAUCCAAGAAGUCAAUUGGCUAGCCA